CUUAGUUCAUGCUUGUUUUAUAUCCACUUGCUGUUCAGUAACAACUAAAACUUUGUUGCGGUAAGACAAGCUCAUUAUGGAACUCCAAAUACUUCAAAAAGAGUAUCGGAAUCAAUACCUGGCAACUUUUAUUGUUCAGUUAACAGCCUUCAUAUUUGGCAUAGCCGUUGGUUUCACCGGCCCAAACAUCCAACUAUUCAUAUCCGAUGAGACUCCAUUAAAGGAUGGAAAGCUAACUCCCGAACAGAUAUCAUGGAUUACUUCCUUAUCUCCAUUCGGUGCAAUUGCAUUUGUUUUCGUUUACGGAUGGAUUUCAGAACGAUUUGGACGUAAAGCUGCAGUUUUAUUUAUUGGAAUUCCCCAAACGUUGAGCUGGAUAUUAAUGGCACUUGCUGAUAAUGUCACAAUAAUCUACAUUUCACGCUUACUCUGUGGUAUUGCUGGUGCUGGAUGUUUUUAUGUUGCGCCUGUUUAUGUCGCGGAAAUAUCAGACAAACAGAUUCGCGGAACUUUAUGUUCAUUAUUCUCAAUCAUUUGUAGCAUUGGAGUGUUUCUAGAAUUUUUCAUAGCUGAAUAUAUGGACUUUAGACAUGCCGCAAUCUUUGUUGUCAUAGUCUCAAUAAUCUUUGUUGUAGGAUUUUGGUUUAUGCCUGAAUCACCGCUUUAUUUGAUCUCAAAGAGAAGAUUUGAGGAAGCAGAAAAUGCUUUUAAAUUCCUCAGAGGACAACAGCCAUCAGAAGAGCUUUCAGAUGCUCAUUUGGAAGAUUUCAAUUUAUUGAAACAAAUUGCUGAAGGCUCAGAAAAGUCGGAAUCACAAUGGAAGGUCUUUAAACAGCACAUUUCACAGCCAGGCACAAUCAAAGGAAUUUUUAUUGCAAUUGUCGUUGCCCAAUUUCCAAUCAUGUCAGGCUCAUAUGUGCUGGUUGCCUACAAUCAAGGCAUCUUUAAAGCAGCAAAUGUUUCAUUUUUAAGUGUGUUCUGGUCGUCACUUGCCUUUGCAUUUAUUCAAAUUGUUGCUGGCAUCUGUACAGCCAAGUAUGUUGAUAAAAUUGGUCGACGAAUAAUUUUGAUAAGUUCAUCGUUUGCAACAGCGUUAUGCUUGGCUAUUUUUGGUGUCUACAUGUUGCUUAGCACGAGAACGUCUAUGGAUUUAACAAGUGUGUCUUGGAUUGCUCUUGUGAGCUUGUUGGUUCAAAUUUUUGUUUGCUGUAUUGGAAUGGUUCCAGUACCCAAUUUUUAUUUGACUGAAAUUUUGGAUCAAAAGGUUCGAGGACCAAUCGUCUCAAUAUGUUCUUGGUGGUUGUGGAUCGCUGGCUUCUUAGUCAUAAAACUGUAUCCAUCAUUUGAGGAAUCUCUUGGAAUCGACACAAUCAUGAUAUUCUUUGCUAUAGCUUCAUGUCUUUGUGGAAUAUUCACAAUGGUUUAUUUGCCUGAGACAAAAGGACGAGAUAUUGAGGAAAUUGCGAGAUCUUUUGGACGGACACAGGAGACUAAGAAUAUUGUGAAAUGUAAUGACGACAAGCUGCUAUCUGGUCAGAAUGAGUUGAUAUAAAUAAUUUUUAAUUGAGGUUUUAUACAAUAAAGUGUAAGUUUUAUGAUUUAAUCGAAUCUAGGAGCUUUAGUGCUUUAGAUGAGCGGAAGCAUGAUUUAGGAAUUUGACAGAGGUGCAUGAACUAGCCGAGAUAAUUGAAGGAAUCAGAUUAAAUCUUAAAA